CGAAACUGGGCUUGCCGGGGGCGGAGUGGUCACUGGGGUUUAAAGAACUUCCUUGGCCCCCAGAGGGCACUGGGAGGUUGCAGCUGCCAAGGGACACCCAGGACUGCAGGAGGCUCUGCUCUGCCUGCUUAAGCCAUGCACCUCCAUGGGGACCAGGGGCCGCUGACCGGGGCCGACCCCGAGGAGCUCCACAGGCAGCUGAAGAAGAAACAGAGGAACCGGGCGGCCGCCCAGCGCAGCCGGCAGAAGCACACGGACAAGGCGGACGCCCUGCACCAGCAGCAUGAGUUCUUGGAGAGACACAACCACGCCCUGCGGAAGGAAAUCCAGGCCCUGCAGGUGGAGCUGGCGUGGUGGAGCCGAACCCUGUACCUGCACACGCACCUGUGCCCCGCGGUCUGUGCUUCCUGCCCGACUCCUGUGCCUCCCGGCUGCGGCAGCCAAGCUGAGCGCCCCCCGGGCCUUGCACCCCACAGAUGUGACUGCCAGGACCAGCUGGGCCUGCUCCAGACCCCAGCGUGCUCGCCAACAGCUCAGCAACUUCGGCCUCCUGAUUCCCCUGGCCUCUUCCCGUCCCCGCCCCCUUCGCUGUCCCUCGCCUCUGGCCCUGCUGUGAUGGGCCAGACAACUCCAGCCCAGCUGUCCCCUAGCCCUGUCCUGGCUGCCUCGCCUGCUGGCUCCAGCCCCAUGGGGUCUUCUUCUAAGCUCGGGGCCCUCCUGCCCAGCCCCCCAGCCCCGCACGCCCCUCCACAGCCCCUUGGGCUGGAGCACCCCGCUCCGGGAAAGCUGGGAGCCCCUCCUCCCAACCCGUCAGCUGCUCUGGGGCCUGCUGGCCUGCAUGGCAGGGAGCACGAGCCUGCUGUCUCGGCUGCAGACUGGCUUGAGCUGGGCGUGGCUCCCGGCCCCCACCCCCUCGGGGCCUUCCCACUGCUCUCCUCGGCUCAAGUCCACUUCUGACCGCUCCCCAGAGCGGCCUCCGCACACGGGCCUCUCCCCCAUCGCUGCCGGAGGCCGCCCUUCCGCAGACAGCUGGCCCAGGCCUUCACUGGGGAAGAAGAUGUGUCACUGGGGUCCUUCCCCUGGGACGGGCCCCCACACUGCCACUGUGUGGUUCCAACCUCACAGUCGCCCUGCCCCGCAAGAUGAUCACCCCACGUCUUCAGAUCAGGAAGCAGAGGCUCGGGGAGGCCAGUGAUAUGUCCGAGGUCACACAGCUGUCGGGGGUGCCACCAUCCACUCCUCCCUCUACUGAUGGGAUCCCGGCCCAGGUGCCCUAGGGGCUGAAGUCCCGGGACAUGGGGGCUGGCGGGAGCAGGUUUGCAUGCUGGGAGCUGUGUUGUGACUCCUGCGGCCAGAGGCCUGCAGUCCGGAAGCCAGCCCUUGCUGGACCCAUGUGGAGGCCGAGCCAGAGGUGGGAGGGCCAUGCAGAAGCCUGGGAGCCGACUCUUCCCCCAGUAGUCAGAGCUGGGACGAGGCUGGCUCCCUGCCCUGGCCUGCCCUGCCCCGUGGGCCCUGGGUGGCCUCCCGCCGUGCCACACUGAGGGGCCAGGGACAAGGCUGUUUCAGGCAGGUCCUAGACUUGAACCAAAGAGCAGUGAGGUCUGAGUCUCCUCCAGCAGCACCCCCACCCAUGUGCGGCCCCCAGGCCCUCGAGGCCGCUCCUCGCACGCCCCUUGGCCUGGGCUUUUGGCAGCUGGACGGGCAGGGCUGGGGGUCUCGGACUCAGACCCCAGGACAAGCACUCUGGGGUGACCCAGCAUAAGAAACCACGGAGCUCCUCCCACGUGCUCCUGGAGGCCGGACACAGGUCUCAGUGCCCAGGUGAUGGCUGGCAAAUAAAGGGUUUCCCGGUUGUUUGG